UUACCUUCACACUGCGCAGACGCGACUUAAUCAGCAAAUAAAUCCUACGUUCUGAUUAAUCUGACUUAGUUUGAUUCGCGAUCUGAAACAAAUAGUUAGCAAGAAAAUGACUGACAUUCUAGAACCCGAUUAUGACAUAAACGCUCGCAACCUUUGUGGUUUCACUGAGCUUAAUGGCUACGCAUUUUCCGGCGAUUUAACCGGAGUGGAAAAACUGACAGCAGAAGGUGCUGACGUCAACUCCACCAGCGUGGGCGAUUACACAGCCUUGCACAGCAGCUCCUGGAACGGACACUUCGAAAUUGUCAAAUUUUUAAUCGAACACGGAGCAGAUAUAAAUGCCCAAACCUCCAAAGGAUUCACUCCUUUGAACGGUGCCAUCUGGGAAAAGCACAACAAAAUCGCUCGUUUUUUGCUAUCAAAAGGAGCCGAUUUUCACAUUGAGAACAACGAGGGAUUUUCGCCGCUCAUUUCCGCUUCCUGGACGGGAAAUUUGAGAAUGGUGGUUGAUUUGAUCAGACUUCAAGCUGAUCUCAAUCACAAAAACAUAAAUGGAUAUACUCCACUUCAUGCAGCGGCCAGAAAUGGGCACUUGUUUGUGGUGCAGUUGUUGAUUGAAAAUGGGGCAGAUCUUGGGGCAAUUGAUAAUUUCGGAAAUAAUGCAUUGGUUAUCGCUUUGAAGAAUUCUGAGUUAAAGGUUGCUGAUUAUUUGGCUAAAAAAAUUGAGCAAUACAAUAUGUUAAUGAUUAAAAAGGAGUGAUCUAAGUUAUAAUAAUAAUAAUAAUAAUAAUAAUAAUAAUAAUAAUAAUAAUAAUAAUAGUAAAAAUAAAAAUAAACAUUUAUUAUAUAAACUGCAUUGUAGGGUCUAAGAAUUUAUAUUUUCUUACACCUUUUUAUUCAAUCAAUAAAAUGAUUUAAAAUA